CCUCACCCUUUCAUCUAAUCUAUACUCACUGUCGUUUUCCUCUAUUGUUUCAUAAAUCUCAUAUCUCACUCAUAUCUGGGACUAUCUCUAUCACCUUAUCUGAAUGUGGGGUUUAUGAAACUCAGUGCACUCAACAAUCCUAGUCGUUCCUAAUAUUUCCGGACCCCUCCCCCGAAUUUAACUUUCUCGUACAGCUCACUCCCACAUUCACCGACUCUAUUUCUUAAGUAUCGCAACCAAACCUUCAAGUUCAAGAGCUUCGCGGAUUUCUGCAAACUCAAGAACAAUGGUUGCCUCAAGUCUUGCACUUCGUGCUAGAUUUGCUCGAGUGGCGCUUCAAUCGAGAAGUUCUUCAUGGAGAAGCUCAACCAUCACACGACCAUGGAGCUCUGGUCAAUCUCCAUGUUCUGCCACGGUUUUGAAGCCAAUUGGACGACGAACUUUCUACAAAAGCUCUGCAAAGGAUGAGACAAUCAAUUCGCCUUCGACUUUAAGUUCCAGGGGAGUACAUGCUCCUUUGGAUACCUUUACGCGCCGACAUAUUGGCCCUGAUGCGGAUUCUACAGAACAAAUGUUGAAAGCUUUGGAUCCGCCAGUCAAGAGUUUGGAUGAGUUUGUGGAGCAAGUUUUACCCCGCGACAUCUUAUCUUCUAAAGAUCUCAAAAUCGAUGCCAAAUCAGACUCGGCACAAGAAGGGUUCACAGAAUCUCAAUUGCUUGCGAGACUAAAGUCGAUUGCGUCCGAAAAUACGAUUAUGCGAAGUUAUAUUGGAUGUGGAUAUGCCGGAACCCGAGUUCCGGAGGUUAUCAAGAGAAAUGUGUUGGAAAGUCCAGGAUGGUAUACUAGCUACACGCCAUAUCAACCUGAAAUUAGUCAAGGUCGGUUAGAAUCGCUUUUAAAUUUCCAAACGCUUGUCUCCGAUUUGACAGCAUUACCGAUUUCCAAUGCCUCGCUACUCGAUGAAUCCACCGCCGCCGCCGAAGCUAUGACCUUGUCAAUGAAUGCCCUUCCACUUGCUAGACAGAAGAGCAAGAAUAAGACAUUCUUUGUCAGUCACCUAGUCCAUCCACAGACAGUAGCAGUUUUACAAAGCCGAGCAGAUGGAUUUGAUAUAAAGAUUGAAGUUGGAGAUGUCCUUGCAGAUGGUGGAGCUCGCCUCAAGGAACUUGGCAAUGAUCUCAUUGGAGCUUUGGUACAAUACCCUGAUACUGAGGGUGGCGUAGAAGAUUUCCGUGGUCUAGCAGAUGUCAUUCAUGCUCAAGGCGCAACUUUCAGUGUUGCUACUGAUCUUUUAGCUCUUACUGUUCUCACGCCGCCUGGUGAGUUUGGUGCCGAUAUUGCUUUCGGAAAUGCUCAGCGUUUUGGUGUUCCAUUUGGUUAUGGUGGUCCACAUGCCGCUUUCUUCGCCGUCAGUGACAAAUAUAAGAGAAAGAUUCCAGGUCGUCUCAUUGGUGUAUCGAAAGAUAGACUAGGAGAUAAGGCAAUGAGAUUGGCUUUGCAAACUAGAGAACAGCAUAUCCGUAGAGAGAAGGCUACUAGCAAUGUGUGCACGGCUCAAGCAUUAUUGGCCAACAUGAGUGCAUUCUAUGCAGUCUACCAUGGUCCAGAAGGUCUCAAGGCUAUUGCUGAGAGAGCUAUUCAAGGAGCUCGAUUUGUUCAGGAUGGACUCAAGAGCCUUGGAUUUGAGACUAACUCUAGAGGAACGGGCUCCGACGGAAAAGUUCUCUUUGACACGGUCGUGGUUGAUGUUGGACAGGGCAAAUCUGAUGAAGUCCUUAACUAUGCCACGGAGACUUUCAAGAUCAAUUUAAGAAAGUUCGAUGAUAGUCGACUUGGUAUCACUAUUGACGAAACCGUUGACAUUAAGGACCUCGAGGACAUCAUAUCCGUGUUCGCCAAGUUUUCCAAGACAGGAUCGACAUCUUUCGAGAAUACUACUGAGUUGCAAACUUCCUGUGAUAAGUCGAUUCCCGCAGAAUUGAAGAGAUCAUCUCAAUACCUCACUCAUCCAGUCUUCAACACACACCACUCCGAAACCGAGAUUCUCCGUUACAUUCAUCACCUCCAAUCAAAGGAUUUGUCCCUUACACAUUCCAUGAUACCCCUCGGCUCCUGCACAAUGAAGCUCAAUGCUACUACCGAAAUGGCUCCAGUUACAUGGCCGGAAUUCUCUUCAAUUCAUCCAUUUGUUCCUACUAAUCAGGCGGCUGGUUACAAGACUAUGAUCGAUGAGCUUGAGGCCGAUCUGGCUACUAUUACUGGAUUUGAUGCAGUAUCCCUGCAACCAAAUUCGGGUGCCCAAGGAGAAUUUACUGGGUUGCGUGUCAUUCGUAAAUUUCAAGAACAACAACCCGGGAAGAAGCGUGAUAUUUGCUUGAUUCCUGUCUCUGCCCAUGGUACCAACCCUGCAUCAGCUGCUAUGGCAGGUAUGCGCGUUGUUACUGUAAAAUGUGACAUCAAGUCUGGUAAUCUCGACAUGGCAGAUCUCAAAGCAAAAUGUGAGAAAUAUAGCGAAGAACUUGGAGCUAUCAUGAUCACAUAUCCAAGUACAUUUGGUGUCUUUGAGCCAGAAAUCAAGGCUGCAUGUGAGAUUGUUCAUCAACAUGGAGGUCAAGUAUAUAUGGACGGCGCCAACAUGAAUGCUCAAAUUGGGUUGUGUUCACCUGGAGAGAUCGGUGCCGAUGUAUGCCAUCUUAAUCUCCACAAGACAUUCUGUAUUCCCCACGGAGGUGGUGGUCCAGGUGUUGGUCCGAUUGGUGUUAAAUCUCAUUUGGCACCAUUCUUACCUGGCCAUCCAUUGGUAAAGACUGGUGGUGAGAAUGCCAUUGCCCCAGUCAGCGGUGCUCCUUUCGGAAGUGCAAGUAUCUUACCAAUUAGUUGGGCUUAUGUGAAGAUGAUGGGCGGUAGAGGAUUGACUCAUGCUACGAAGAUCACUCUUUUGAAUGCCAACUAUAUCAUGUCUCGUCUCCGACCUCACUACCCAAUCCUGUACACCAACGCCAAUUCUCGAUGUGCUCACGAGUUCAUCCUCGAUGUUCGUGGUUUCAAAGAGUCAGCAGGUGUUGAGGCUAUUGAUAUUGCCAAGCGUCUUCAGGAUUAUGGUUUCCAUGCUCCAACUAUGAGUUGGCCAGUUGCUAACACCCUUAUGAUCGAGCCCACCGAGUCUGAAAGUAAGGAAGAACUUGACCGCUUCAUUGAUGCAUUGAUAUCAAUCCGCAAAGAAAUCCAAGCCGUAGAAGAUGGCACCAUUCCAAAGGCGGGCAACGUCUUGAAGAAUUCGCCACAUAGCCAGAAAGAUCUUCUCAUUGGAGAAUGGAACCGUCCAUAUACUCGAGAGCAAGCCGCAUACCCAUUGCCUUAUCUCAAGGAGAAGAAAUUCUGGCCAUCCGUCACCAGACUUGAUGAUGCCUAUGGUGAUACCAAUCUCUUCUGUACAUGCGGGCCUGUAGAAGCAACUGAAGAUGCUGAAAAAGGCAUCACCGGUGUUUCGGCUCCACAACCUACAUAAUUGCAUUUUAGCAUUUUGUUUUGCACAUUUUAACAUUUAGCGAGCAUAUGGUUAACUUUUUCUUUCGGGUGGGAAAGGAAAGGUCAAUAUCAAAAGGAAUUUCAACAUGAAUAAUUCAACAUUGGGAGGAGUUGUGGGUAUCUAUCUAUCAUGUAUUAUGAUAUGAUGUGAUGUGAUCAUGACUUCGGAUGCAUAAGGCGUUUAAGAAUACACAAACAAAUAGAGGGUUCUUUGGCUUCAACCGCCAGGAGGAGAUUGGGACUCAUGAAUGGAUGGAUCCAUAGAUGGUUGCUCAUACGGUUUAUAUUUUCCUUUGAUGUUUAUAGAUCAAUCGCGUUGGGGGAAAGCGCGAUUGUGCGGAUGAAAGGGGGGAGACUCUUAGUUUGAAAUUGCGAAAUAUAUAAGCAAUAAUAUCGUACAUUUCUGGCCCUCA